AUGCAGAAAUAUCAAAUCCUAGGCAAGAAGGGCGAGGGUACCUUCAGCGAGGUGCUUCGCGCCCAGGACAUCAAGACGCAGCAGUAUGUAGCCAUUAAGUGCAUGAAAAAGGCUUUUAAGUCCAAGGAGCAAGUGAACCGACUGCGUGAGAUUCAAGCUGUCCGGCGGUUACAGCCACAUCCAAACAUUGUAGACUUGAUAGAGGUACUCUUUGACCGUAGUACCGGCCGCCUCGCGCUUGUCUUGGAGCUGAUGGAUAUGAAUCUCUACGAGCUCAUCAAAGGGAGGAAGCAGUAUCUCGGUGAGGAGAAGGUGCGGUCCUAUAUGUAUCAGCUGCUGAAGGGUCUCGACCACGCUCACCGCAUCGGUGUUUUCCAUCGCGAUAUCAAGCCGGAGAACCUUCUUAUCGACUCCGAGGGCCGUCUCAAAAUUGCUGACUUCGGCUCUUGCAAGGGUGUCUACUCGAAGCUGCCGCUCACGGAGUACAUCUCCACCCGGUGGUACCGCGCCCCCGAGUGCCUGCUGACGGAUGGCUACUACAACUACAAGAUGGACUUGUGGAGCGCUGGGUGCGUCUUCUUCGAGAUCAUUGCCCUCUUCCCUCUCUUCCCCGGCAGCAACGAGCUGGAUCAGGUGCACCGCAUCCACAACGUCCUGGGCACCCCACCGACGGAGAUUCUCGAUCGCCUGAAAAAGUUUGGCACGCAUAUGGACUACGACUUCCCCAAAAAACAAGGGACUGGGCUGGCGAAAUUACUGCCACAUGUUUCCCCAGAGGCAUUAGACUUGAUGAAGAAGCUGCUCACAUAUGACGAGGAGCAGCGUUGCACUGCAAAGGAGGCACUGCGACACGCGUAUUUUAGCAAACUGCGCGAGGCCGACAAGAAAAGUCACCAUCUUAAGCACAGUGCCGGCGUCAGCAGACUGUCGACUGUCACGGAUGAUCUGCACGCCUCGAUCGGUCUCAGCAGCAGUCCUCGCAAAGCUGCCAACGGAAUGCCCUCGCUGAGCAGCACGCUGACGGCAAGUCGCAAACUGCCGGUGAUCGACGGGGUGUCACCGAAGUCAUGCACGUUUGCCUCCAGUCAAAGCGUGCAGCACCAAGUGCACGUGGUGGUAGCAACCUCCACCUCGGGUGACGAUCUGAAUGCGCAAAACCUACCAAAGCUGACGUAG